AUGAAGGCCACUUUCGUUGUUUCCGUCAUGGUUGCCAGCCUUGCCAUGGCUUCUCCUACCCAGCCUCAGCCUACCCCUGCUUGCACGGUGGACAACGACUGCAAGCCCAACGAGCAGUGCAACAAUGUUGGACAGUGCAUUCCAAUCAAGACCACUCGUGAUGCUGCUCUGGUCAAGGUCGGUCAGGCUUGCCAGUUCACUAGCGACUGUGUGAAGGGUCUUGUCUGUGACCAGGACAAGAACAUCUGCGAUGUCCUCAACACCCACAACAAGCGUGGUGACAUCCUCUCCCAGAUAGGUCAGGACUGUAAGACCACCAAAGACUGUGUGAAGGGUCUCGUCUGUGACGAGGUCAAGCAGACCUGUGACGCCCCCAACAACAAGCGUGACAACGUUCCCCAGCUCCAGCAGUGCAACACCACUACUGACUGUGCCAAGGAUGAUGUCUGUGACCAGGACAAGAACGUCUGUAUUGCUCCCAACAACAAGCGCUCCGAGGGUAAUGACCAGUGCCAGACCGACGAUGACUGCCCCAAGCAGGACACUUGCCAGGUUAUCAAGGGCAACAAGGUCUGCGCUGCUCCCCAGCCUAACCCGUCCAACUAA